UCAACAAAAAUAACCCUCAAAACCUCCCUCCCGCUAAUAAUAUAUCUACCAUUGUUGCUCAUUCUCAUGCAAAUGCAACCCACGCCUCUCCGAUAAUGACGGCAACCAUACCCCGAUCCCCAAUCACCCCCCUCCACUCCCAAUUCCAAAACCCUAACCCCACCCCCUUAUUCAACCCCAGGCUUCUUCCACAGCGCCGCCGCGGAAUCCCUCACCACGCCGCCUCCAGUAGCAGCGGCGGCGGCGAAAGCAAUCGGCACAAAAGCCGAGCAAUUGAGCUGCAGAAGCUCAUCGAAGACAGCCCUUACGAGUUUAAUUCCAAGGAUUCUCCCUCUUCCCUUCCGCGUCCUCUGACGUCGGCUCUAUUGUCGAAUUUGGCCACGGAAGGGUCUCAUCUCCGCGUUGCUUACCAGGGUGUUCGAGGUGCUUACAGUGAGUCUGCAGCCGAGAAGGCUUAUCCAAAUUGUGAACCAGUUCCGUGCGAACAGUUUGACACGGCUUUUGAAGCUGUUGAAAGGUGGCUUGUCGAUAGAGCGGUUUUGCCUAUAGAAAACUCUUUGGGUGGCAGUAUUCAUAGGAACUAUGACCUUCUACUCCGGCAUAAGUUGCACAUCGUUGGCGAAGUUAAACUUGCAAUCAGACACUGCUUACUGGCUAACCAUGGCAUCAAGAUUGAAGACCUUAACAGGGUUCUUAGUCAUCCACAGGCACUUGCACAGUGUGAGAACACCUUAACUAAACUGGGACUUGUUAGAGAAGCUGUUGAUGAUACUGCUGGUGCUGCAAAGCACGUUGCCUUCCAUAAACUUAAGGAUGCCGGGGCUGUUGCUAGCAUGGCUGCUGCUAAGAUAUAUGGUCUAAAUGUACUUGCUCAGGACAUACAGGAUGAUUCUGACAAUGUGACUAGGUUCUUAAUGUUGGCGAGAGAACCUAUCAUACCAGGCACUGAUAAACCUUUCAAGACAAGUAUCGUCUUCUCACUCGAGGAAGGACCUGGGAUGCUUUUUAAAGCACUUGCUGUAUUUGCCAUGAGGAAUAUCAACCUCACCAAGAUUGAAAGCCGUCCGUUGCAGAAGCAGGCUUUGCAGACACCCGACGGCAAUGCCACUGUGUUUCCUAAAUACUUCCCGUAUCUUUUCUAUGUUGAUUUUGAAGCAUCCAUGGCAGAUGAAAGAGCUCAAAAUGCCCUUGGUCAUCUAAAGGAGUUUGCGACAUUUAUGAGGGUUCUUGGGAGUUACCCUGCAGACAAUGGACUUCAAUAAUUACAUUGAAUCCUCGACACAGAAAAGUAUAUUUGUAUUCAAGAAACGAAGUUUUUCAAGGUCUUUGUACGCUGGGUCCGAAAUACACAAUUCAAUAACAGAGAUGCAAAGAGUAUAAGAGCUCAUUGUCUUCCUGCACUUUUCAUGAGUUGCAAUUUUAUAUAU